GCGACGCAUUUUUAAGGAUCUGCAUUUCGGAUUUCACUACGAACGAGACUACGAGAUAAUGACGAUCGCCACCGCAUCGGAGCCCGACUUCUUCUCGCUGCAUACGCGUAAGCCUAAGACAAUUGACGUGGAGAUGCUAGACUAUGGCUUCGUGGAGCGCUGUACCGAUUUGGACGAGCUAAAGGGAAUCCUAGCGAUGCUCCGAUCGGGUAAGGAAGGACGCUAUCCGGACCUGGAGAAGGCCACAGAAGACCGCAUUCUGGCUGUACUACCUGAGCGAGAGCGAACCAAAAUCACACGUAUGCGCUGUGGACCGACAGCCAACGAGUUGACUACCGAGAUCGACGAAUUGGCCAGUUGGGCGGCUGCAAUGGACGUGAAGAACGAGGCACUCAAGAGGCAGACACCCUUCAAACGAGAACUGCCACCUGUGCGAGGCCAGAAAUCGUCUAGAGAAAUGCAGUCGGAAUGGGUUCGGGCUCCAACAAAAUUGGCAAGUACAAAGAAGGCUGAACAGAAGAAGGCAAAAACUAUUCCAGCGUACGACUUCAGGUCUUGGGAAAAGUAUGACGUUGACAAAGCGUUGGAUGAGAUUGAUCAAGAGAGCGAACGAGCACGGGAGCAAGCAAGAAUGCAACAAGAGGAACAGGAAAAGCGCGCAGCAGCACGAAAGCGAGAACUUGAGUCUCUCUCCAAGUCAGUGGACCUGGAGAAGCUCCAGCCGGAAACUCGAAAACUGUAUGCAGGAUAUGAGAAGCAAAAAGGAAACGAUUGCUUCAAAGCAAACGAAUUGGAGAUGGCAUUGCUCCACUACACCCGCAGUAUGGCUUACGACGACACCGAUGCUAUUCUCUACGCGAAUCGAGCACUCGUGCACCUGCGAAUGAAAAACUUUGCAACUGCUGAAGACGAUUGUACGCGUGCUACCCUGCUUGAUCCGGCUUACAUGAAAGGAUGGAGUCGUCGUGGCAUGACUCGGUACCGAAGGGGCAAAUAUGCCGAGUCGGUACAGGACUUUGAGGAGGCGCUACGGCUUGAGCCUGAGAAUCGAGAGGUGACAAAACUGAUGAAGGCUGCGAAAGAAAAACAUGAAGAAGUCAAUGGUGCUUUAUUGAGCAACCAGAUGUCGCCUACCAACCACGAGGCAGACGAAAACGAAGAGAAACCAUUCAAGCGCUUCGAGAUUAUCGAGGAUGAUGAUGGAGAAGAAAUAAGUCAACAGAACCAACCAUGUAAACGGAGCUCAAUGGAGAAGCCCUUCACACGCUUUGAGAUCAUCGAAGCGGAGGGAUCGGAGGACGAGGAUGACGAUUAACCAGGCGUUUUGAUAGCAGGUUAACCCAGACAAUGUAUCGUAUACCGAUAACCAUAACGAGAGACACCUUUAUUGCUUGCAUAACGAGCUGUAGUUCUCCCACCUGCCACACUUUUUUGAAUACAUUCCUGUGA